UGCAAUCACAGAUCUGUCAACAGUGUCAAUUCCACUGUCAUUUCCUAUGCUUGUAAACACUGAUUCGCACUGAUCUGUAAUGAUUUGUAAUUAAAUAAGAUUAUUAAACACGAUACAAUGAGUGGCAGGAUCUUCUCGAAAUAUAGCUAAUUAUCUAAUUUGUAAGAUUGCGACGCACAAGUUUGUUUUCUCUACGCGAUGGGUAAUUGUAUCAGGAGCGUGUUGAGGAGGUUGCGAAGAAAUCGCAGCUCAGAGAAAACCAUUGUGCUUCUUAUCGUGGGAUUAGAUAAUGCCGGGAAGUCUCUGAUACUAAAUCAUAUUAGCGGUGAUCCAGAUCAAACCGUAGUGCCUACAAUGGGAUUCCGGACAGUAUCUUUGAAGCACAAAUCGUAUUCAGUAAAGAUAUAUGACGUUGGUGGUAGUUCUCAAAUUAGAGCAUUGUGGCCUAAAUAUUAUCAGGAUAUACAUGGUCUUAUAUAUGUGGUGGAUGCAAGUGAUAUUUCCCGUCUUGCAGAAAAUAAAGUUGUGUUUAACGAAUUAAUCACGCAUGAACAUAUUUCAGCAAAACCGUUAUUGUUACUUGCCAACAAGCAGGACUUGAAUGGUGCCAUCGACGAAUUAGAUUUAGUUGAAAAUCUGGAUGUAGAGCAGGCAGCUAAUGCUAUGAAAUGUCCAACAAGAGUGGAAACAUGUUCUUGCAUCUAUGAUAAAGAACAGUCUAGGAAUAGUGACAUGGGCAUAAAGAAUGGAUAUAAGUGGUUGCUUGAUACCGUAGUAAAAAAUUAUGCUACCCUGAAUAAUAGAACCAAACAGUUACAAAGUUGUUCACAUAAAUGUGUACAAGAAUCACAAUCUGUUGCUUCAGACACACCAUCAAGAAUAUCUGUACAGUCAAACCCUUUCAAACCCAUUAGAGAUCUCUUGGCAGUAAAGGAGGAAAGUGUAAUAAACGAAGCUCGCAAUGGUAUCAACGAAGGAAAAAAUGUUAUAAAAGCUUUUGUACAGAGAAAUAAGACUGCUCCUCUUCCAAUUGAACAACCAACUGUUAUAUGCGAAAAUAUUUCACAGAAUCUUACGUCCAAUAUAGAAACUGUCGCCGGAGAGAAGAGCACACAAACAAUAGCGUCAAUAUUGGACUCAGUAAAUUUAAAUACUAAUUACAAUGAAAAUUUUACGAGUACAAAGCUAGUUCGUCCCUAUACGGCGCCCGAAAGGUCGCAACGGACAUCAAAUAAAGUAACGAUAAUUAAUAUUCCUGGACAAGUGCCUCAUUGACGUAUUUAUAUAUUUUAUAUUUGACAAAAAACAAAAAAUAAUCAUAUGUAUGCAGUGGUAUGAUUCAAACGCAAAGCUGCGUGUAAUUUAUAUGAAAAUGAGAGAAAAUUACAAAACAGGAAUAUUAAGAUAAUUACAAAUAUAAUGAAUAUUUUAAACUUCUCUCUUAUCGCGAAUUGAAGCUUGACCGAAAUAAAGAACAUAAGACUUAAAAUGAUUUUAAAUAUUUUUUAUCAUAAAAACAAUAUAUAUUUGAUAAUAAUAAAUAACUGUUGGUUGUG